GCGCUUGGACACCCCGCGCGAUUCGGCGAAGGAAGGCGACCGGCCCACUCGACCACCCAUUACCCUACCUCCCUUGGGCACGGAAAACUUUGCUAAACUUGAAAAUGUCUUCUGUGAAACACCUUGUUUAUGCCAUCAUCCAUUUCCUGAGAGAACAGAGUCAGAUGGAUACUUUCACUUCAGAUGAACAAGAAAGCUUGGAAGUGGCAAUUCAAUGUUUGGAGACAGUCUUCAAAAUUAAUCUAGAGGAUACCCGUCUUGCAGUUCCUUCACGUUUGAUAGAAAUAUUUGCAGAUUCCUGUCAUAAGAAUGAGAUUCUGCCUCUCUCAGAUUCUUUGCCAGAGGACCUUGAAAAAGCUGACCAGCUCAAGGAUGAAGGUAAUAAUCACAUGAAAGAAGACAAUUACGCAGCUGCUGUGGAUUGUUACACCCGAGCUAUAGAAUUAGAUCCAAAUAACGCAGUCUACUAUUGCAACAGAGCUGCUGCUCAAAGUAAAUUGAACAAUCACAGUGAAGCAAUUAAAGACUGUGAGAGAGCAAUCGCAAUAGAUCCAAAGUAUAGCAAAGCAUAUGGAAGAAUGGGAUUGGCUCUGACUUCAAUGAAUAAAUAUCAAGAGGCCAUUAACAGUUACCAAAAGGCACUGGAUCUUGAUCCAGAAAAUGACUCUUACAAAUCAAACCUGAAAAUAGCUGAACAGAAAUCAAGAGACAUGUCCAGUCCUACUGGAACUGGUCUGAGUUUUGAUAUGGCAAGUUUGAUAAACAAUCCUGCCUUCAUUAGCAUGGCAGCAAGUUUAAUGCAGAAUCCUCAAGUCCAGCAACUGAUGUCAGGAAUGAUGACAAAUGCUAUUGGAGGUCCUGCUGCAGGAGUUGGUGGUCUCACUGAUCUGUCAAGCCUAAUUCAUGCGGGACAGCAGUUUGCCCAGCAGAUCCAACAGCAAAAUCCAGAGCUCAUAGAGCAACUGCGAAACCAUGUUCGAAGCAGAUCCUUCAGUGGUAGCACUGAAGAGCAUUCUUGAUUCAAGAGACAUAAGUUAAAAUAUUGUUCUACUAAUUCCAAAAGGCAUAUUGUAGCUUGUAGCAAAUAUCACCAGUGUAAUUCUUCUCAGACAUGAGAUAGAAAAUUCUUUGUGUGUAUUCCUUAUUGUCUGUUGGAAACAGAUCAUUGCACACAGAUUUGAACAUAUCAUGUAUGUUUAGUGAUGCCUUUGUAUAUGGACUAUAAGUAGAACUGUUGACUUAUUAAAAUCUCUGUGUCAGGGGAGCAUCUUUAUAUUAAUAAGCAACAGCAUGUGGAUUUUUCAUUCUCUUUGAGAGAAUGGAUUUUUUGCAGCAUACCGUGCAUUGAAAAAUAACAUCUGAUGCAUGCCAGAGGAAUAGAAGACUACUACUUGAUGGGCCAUCACUCCUGUAUAAAGGUUGUGUAUAAGUUAUAUUCAAUAAGGUUGUUUCUUGCCCUUCAAUAUAAGGCUGAUGGAUACAUAAACAAUUGUGCAUGUCUAAUUGGCAAUAAACAUAAAGUAAAGGGUUCACUUUUGACGAAGUAUAGUUGAUUACUGGAAUUGUUGAAAGAAAGGGCUAUAGGCCUGACUGGUUGAAUGGCUUCACGAUGAGAUAAUAUGGCAGGAGAAAGAAAAGCUAUGGGUGAGUAGAUGAUGGAGAAAGAUGGAGAGGUGUGUUUGUAGGAAGUGGGCUAGAGAUACGAAGCUGCAUAUAUGAUGUAAGAGGGCAGCUAAAGCAAAAGCAGUUUGUAGAAUGAUUGGUAUUGACUAAGUUUGAAAAGAAGUUACAGAGGAAUGCUUGAUCUUCCAUAUUGUUUUAUAAAUGGGAUUAACAUCCAAAGCUUCUGCACCAUGGGGGUGGGGGAAGAUGGGAGAAGAAAAUCGUGAAUCUCAUCUUUAAGAUGUAUGAUUAAGCAAUGGAGUCUCCACAUAAUUUGUCUUGGAUAGUUAGUAGAAGGAUGAAGUUAGAAUGAAUGCCCAGAAGAGGUACACAGAGGAAUGUUAAGAGAAAGCUCCAGAGAAUAUAGAAUGGAGAGAAUCUGCAUACAGAAACUCUAAAGGACUUUCUUAUGAAAUGAUACCAUGUUCUGUAUUAAUAUAGUUUUAUAUACAUGGGAUCAACUGUACCUGUCAUCUACCUACUUACAUAAUUCUGGGAGAUUGACUGUACAUUAGAAAUCAAUUUAAGAAUUUGAGAUGGCAUACGUUCAGUACAUUGCUUAAAACAUUGACUAAUAUAUAAAGCUUGGUUCAUCACAAUUUUAUCCCUCUAUUAUGACUCUGAUUCCGCCCCCCCGCUGUUACCUUUCCUCUCCUUUCCUUUCUCCCCCCCCCUUUUAAAAUGUGAACAGAAUUGCUUAAAUAAUUUCUGCAGGAAUAGAUCAGUUCAUUCAGGAGAAAGCUUCCAGUGUCACAGUAUAAUGCUAUAUUUAGAAAGAUUUUCAUGGGAGGAUAUUCUCGAAUAUUGAGUGGGUGGAAGAACAUUGACAGCCUUCUGCUCCAUUUACAUCAUCAGAUAGUCUCUGUAAAAAGCAACUGUUUGUUAGACAUUUAUUUUGAAUAUACGUGGAGCCACUGAGCUGUCCUGAGUUUUCCACAAAGUUUUGUCUCACCUGUGUUUAACAAGUUUUCUUGGCACUAGGACAGAUGAAACUCACUGUAUUAAGUGUAUAAUCUGAAAGUGGGAGGAACUGCUAAGAAAUAAUUUAGAAUAUGUUUGUAGUCCAGAUGUUAAUAAUUAAUUGAAUUAACUUUUAAAACUAUUCUAAAUUAUAUUAUGUGUAAUUAAUGUUCUGAAAUCAUUUGGUAAGUAUACUCCAAUGCUAAUUUAAUAAUUGCUGCUAUAGUGCUUACUGUUGCUAGUCUAAUUCUAAAACUAAGAUUCCAUGGUUGUCUUAGCUACUCCCCUUCUAUAAGCAUGUGUUAAAAUGUCCUGUGUAUCCUGAUUCAUUGUCUUUUCAAAUCAAAGUUAUGUUGUGACACAGCACUAGCACUUUCAUGUUCACAGUGGAGUAUUUGCCAAAUGAAUGCGUAUUUCAGAAAGUAACAUUUAAAUAACAACUAUUCACAUUCCACUCUUAAUUCAUUAUCUCAGUUUUUCAUGGAAGGAUAAUGGGUCAGUCCUCUGUUAUUUGGAAUAAGUUUAAUAAAACAAAUAUGCUGUUUUCAUAUACAGUAUUGUCUGUGGUGUUUUCAUUCUUUAUUUCAGGAAGAAAUUCUCUUGUCUCAAACUAUUUUAAACCAGGGCUAU